AUGGAGGGGACGAAGGGUAUAAGCUAUCUGGCUGAAAAAACGAUGUGGAAAAAGUUUUGUAACUCCAAGAAACUUGAUAAAAAAGCAGCAACUACGGCCACUGGUGGUAGAAGCAGCAACAAUAGCAGAAGCAGAAGCAACAGUAACAAUGACAAAGGAUUUAGGGAGAGAUGUGGGAGAGGGUUUGGGAAUGAUGAUGACGAUGGUGAUUUUGACGAUGAUGAUGAUGAUGGUGUUGCUGUUGCUGAAGACGAUAGUGAUGAUGUUGAUGGUGAUGAUAUUGAAGAUGGUGAUGAAAACUGUUGUCGGCGUUCGCUAACCGACUGA